AUGGGAAGAAAAAUCACUGUAGCUGCUUCAACUUUGAACCAAUGGGCUCUGGAUUUUGAAGGAAAUUUAGAUAGGAUUUUACAGUCAAUUUUAGAGGCAAAAGAACUUGGUGCAACUUUCAGAACAGGGCCAGAAUUGGAAAUAUGUGGCUAUAGUUGUGAAGAUCACUUUUAUGAAAGUGACACCUUUUUACAUUCCUGGGAAGUUUUAGCAGAGCUUUUAACAGCUCCCUUAUGUAAAGACAUUCUCAUUGAUGUUGGUAUGCCAAUUAUGCACAAAAAUGUUGCAUACAAUUGCAGAGUGAUAUUUCUCAACAAGAAAGUUCUUCUCAUAAGACCAAAACUGACACUCUGUGAUAGUGGGAAUUACAGGGAAAGCAGAUGGUUCACUAGCUGGAAAAAGAUUAGAACAGUAGAAGAUUUCUAUCUUCCAAGGAUGAUCUCUACCAUCACUGGACAAAAAGUAGUACCCAUAGGAGAUGGAGUCAUAUCUACAUUAGAUACUUGCAUUGGUUUUGAAAUUUGUGAGGAACUUUGGUGUGCAAGCAGUUCACAUAUCCCUCUAUCUCUAGAUGGUGUAGAAAUAAUUUGUAAUGGUUCUGGCAGCCACAGUGAAUUACGCAAAGGCUAUGUCAUGGUGGAUCUAGUGAAAAAUGCCACCAUGAAAUGUGGUGGCUGCUACAUUUACAGCAAUUUGAGAGGCUGUGAUGGUCAGAGAGUUUACUUUGAUGGGGUGUCUUGUAUAGCUUUGAAUGGCAACAUGUUGAGCAGGGCCAAGCAGUUUGCCUUAGCAGAAGUGGAAGUUGUGUCUGCUACUAUUGAUUUGGAAGAUAUCAGAUCCUAUAGAAACAUGAAAAGAUCCAAUGCACAUUUGGCAUCUUCAAGUGAGAGUUAUCCAAGGGUUUUUGUUGACUUUUCAUUGUCCCCUGAACAUGAUGCAACAUUGCCUUUUGCUAGGCCAAUUGUAUGGGAUUUUUUGACUCCAGAAGAAGAAAUUGCUCAGGGCCCAGCUUGUUGGUUAUGGGAUUAUCUCAGAAGAUCUGGCCAGGGAGGUUUUUUCUUGCCCUUGAGUGGUGGGGUGGAUUCCUCAAGCACAGCUGUGAUAGUUUAUUCCAUGUGUACCCUUAUAAUGAAUUCAGUGCAUCAAGGCGGGGGUAAGGUAGCAACAAAUACAGACCAAAAAUUAUUGGCUGACUUGAGAAGGAUAGUGGGUGAUCCAGAAUAUGUCCCCAAAAGUUCCCAGGAUCUUUGUGAUAGGUUUUUGGUAACUUGUUAUAUGGGUACUGAAAAUUCCUCUAAGGAAACUCAUAAGAGGGCUGAACUAUUGGCUCAAUCAAUAGGAAGUUAUCACAUGAGUAUCACAAUUGAUAGAGUGGUCACAACAUGCAUAGACAUUUUCAGCCAUGUUACGGGUUUGAAGCCUAAAUUUGCAGUCAAUGGCGGGUGUCCAAGGCAGAACCUUGCAUUGCAGAAUAUUCAGGCCAGAGUGCGUAUGGUACUGUCUUACCUCUUCGCCCAACUGAUGCUCUGGACCAGAGGCAGGCCAGGUGGUUUGCUGGUCUUAGGUUCGGCCAAUGUAGACGAGUCCCUUCGAGGGUACUUGACCAAGUACGACUGUUCGAGUGCCGACAUCAAUCCGAUAGGAGGCAUUUCGAAAACCGACUUGAAAAGGUUCAUGAUUUAUGCUAAAGAUCAAUUUAAAAUAGACAUUCUCGAAGAAAUAAUAGACGCCCCUCCCACUGCUGAACUUGAGCCCCUCAAAGAAGGCAAAUUAGCUCAAACUGAUGAAGAAGACAUGGGUAUGACGUAUGAAGAACUCAGCCAAUUUGGAAGGCUUAGAAAAAUCGAUAGUUGCGGACCUUUUUCCAUGUACUGCAAGUUAGUGCACACUUGGGCUGGAAAUUUAACACCAAAGCAGGUCGCAGACAGGGUCAAACAUUUUUUCAGAUGUUAUGCAAUCAAUAGGCAUAAAAUGACAGUAUUAACUCCUUCUUAUCAUGCUGAAUCCUACAGUCCUGAAGACAAUAGGUUUGACUUGAGGCCAUUUUUGUACAGAGCGAAUUGGUCUUGGCAGUUUAGAGCAAUUGAUAAACAGGUAGCUUUCAUCACAAGUGUAAAAAGACAGAAUGCAGAUAAUUCUCAAAAUUCACAGAAAAAGAGUAGCGAUACUUUUGGAAACCUUAGGACAGGAGUUACAGUGUAA